UAUAGAAAUAAUGAUCGAAUGUGUCAUCUCAAAAUACCUUUUUAUUUUAUUAUUUUAAAAUAAAAUGGGUACAAAAAAUGCUCUGAAACAAAAUACUUUUAUUCUAAGGAGAGAUUUAGAGGCAUAUCUAAGCUAAGUUAUUUUCACCGGUAGAGGCGCUGCAAAGAUAAGAACAAACUCGAGGCCGUCGAGGCCUUCUAUAAUCGCAUUGCCGGGUGCUCCCAGUCCGCUUUUUGUUGUGUGAUAUUUGUUGGGCCAUAGGCUUAUUUUAGGUAGUUUAUUAUAUAAAAGUGUUUCCAAAAUGGCGUUUUUGCCUCGCGCCUCGUCUGGUCUACGUGCAAGCAUCCCCAUGUUCAGGCAGGCGAGGAUGAUGUCCAGUGGAGAGCCCGGCUCCGGCGCCGGUAAGGGCGGCGGCGGCGGCGGCUCGAUCCGCGAGGCCGGCGGCUCCUUCGGCAAAAUGGAGUUCGCCCACGAGGAGCAGUACUUCCGCAAACUGCAAAGCGAGCAGCUGGCCAAGCUGAGGACGCACCUGGACGAGGAGGUGUCCCACCACGAGCACGAGAUCGCCCGCCACCAGGAGGCCAUCAACCGGCACAAGGGCCGCAUCGACAAGCUGAAGGAGCAGCAGAAGAAGCAGCAGGAGUAGGCACCGGCCGGGAGCGCGCCGACGCCGCCGCCGGCCGGUCGAGUAGUGUGCGGGGUUUUUGUACGGGGCGGGCUGCGGCUCUGAGUCGCCUAACCGGGAGCAGUGGCUUUCACCUACAUCGUGCGCACGCGCCGGCGAGCCGACAGUGGCGGCUGGCCGGCAGCUGAUGUGAUGACGGCGUUCGCAAGACGUCAGUACCGAAGUAGGGCCUGUGUUGUAAUGGCAGUGUCCGGUCGGAUAUCCGUGCAACAUGGUUAUAUGUACAUAGAUACUACUGGAAAAUAUACUUAGCGCUGGAGCGAGA